AUGUCAUCGCCAAGGCCUCCUUUUCGACGACAAGGAUCAUCAGUUGCCGGUGGUCAACACCCAAUGACAGUGGCCUUGGCUCCACAACGGGUAGAUUACAGUGUUACAAAGGGCGGUGCUCGAACUUGGGCGGUGUUGCUCGUUUUUAUGUUCCUUUGCUCGAGUCUUUACACGGUUUUCUCCGCAAAAGAAGUUGCAGAACUAGGUGUAGAUUUUGAUGGUGAUGGUGAUAUGGAUUUGGAUCACGAAGUCGACGAAGUCGAUGAGGUGGCCGCACAACAGAGACAUGCAUUGAAAGAUACAACCCCAACAAACGACGAUCACGGCGGUCAUGACAAGAGAAAUGAGGUGAAAGUACCCAAAGAUGAGAUAGAUACGGCUGAUGAUGACGAAGCGGAAUAUGUGGAAACGACUCUUGAGGAGAAGCUCUUUGCCGGAUUGCGAGCAAAGAUGCAAAAGCUGAAGAACUUUGUCAAGAAAUCAACCAACAAUGAUGACGGGGACGAUGAUGAUGAACAACCAGCACAACAAAGAAGAGGACGACGAAACAAGAAGAGAGCUGAGGCUGAGAAAGGAAAAGAUGAGGAAGAGGAGCAACCAAAACAGCCAGAAAAAACAUCAAGAGGGUUGAAGAAAGUGGCAAAACGGGUAGUGGAUGAGGAUGAUGAUGAGGAAGAGGAACAAGAGAAAGAAACCCCAAAGAAGAAAGUUCAACAAUUGAGGUGGAAUCCAAGAACGAGAAGAGAAGAGAUGAUUGGAGAUGAUGACGAUGAUGACGAUGAUGAAGUUGAUCACAAGAAAACAAGAAAGAAUGGUGAUGAUGACGAUGAUGAAGACAAUGAUGAUGAGGAUGAUGAUGAAGGGGAAGGAGAUGAAAAACCAGUUGAAAAGAUGGAAGAAAAGAAGGAGAAGGGAAAGGAGAAAGAAAAGGAACCUGAACCUGAACCCGAAUCUGAGCCAGAAGAAGAGGAAAAAGAUGAAAAAGAAGAGGUAGAUGACGAGCCUGAACGAGAACAGAUCUCAAAAUUCAAACGAUCUCGAGGCGUCGUUGAAGAACCAACAAGACCAAGACUGAAAACCGCCCACAUCACCGACGAUGCCCCGAAAAGGCCGUGUCUGCGCAAGAACUGUCCGACCGACUUUGGAAAGGAGCCAAGGAAGGGUUUAUUAAAGAGCAAGACUGCUUCUGGAUCUGGAAAGCGGUAUCAAUAUUUUGUUGAAGAGGAAAAUCCAGAGGCUGAAGCUGAAGAGGAAGAAGAAAGCGACGAUGAGCAAGAUGAUGACGAUGACGAUGAACAACCACCAAUUGCUGAAGUGAUUGCUAUCAAGAAAUACAGAUCAAUGGGUCGUGAAGCCUAUAAACGGCAUGCAAUCACAAACCGAGACGAUCACAAACACCGAGAAGCUCUCGAUCAAGCCGAUCACUUAGUGGAAAAGCAUGAGUAUGACGAGGCGAUCAAGCUAUUCAAUCAAGUAUUGAAAAUUUAUCCGGAUUCGCCGAGAGCUCAUUUCGGGAAGGGACGAGCUUAUGAUAUCAGAGCUGAAAUGCACGCCGAGGACUCCGAUGUCGAUUUGGCGCUGGAAGAGUACGAGGAAGUGAUUGAGAAUGAUGAUACACCCGAUGCACUCUUUAGACAAGCAGCCUCUCGAGUAGUUGAACGAUCACGAUAUCGAGGGAAAAUGCAUCAAGCGUUGAAUGCGCAAAGGAGCCUAAUCGAUCGUUUUCCGGAUGAAAAGAAACAUCAGACUGAUUUUGGGCUCACUUUCCUCAUGAUGAAACGACACGAUGAUGCUAGAAAAGUUUUCCGAAAUGUUCUUGAUGAGGAUCCAAACAACGCCUUAGCACUUGCUUAUUACGGGUAUAUUUUGAAGGUUGCCGAUAGAGAUCUCGAAGGCGGAGUUCACUUGAUGAGGAAAGGAUUGAUUAGAGGAGGAGAUCAGAUUACGGAUCCAAAAUUCUACUACCACCUCGGUGACGGCUUGAUGCAACUUGGGCGACCUGUCGAUGCUUACAAAGUCUAUGAACAAGGCUCCGAGCUUGGUUUGUUCCUUUCGGCUCAUCAAAGGAGCAUGUACAAUGUGGAAGGGUUGACGGGGAGACCUUGGUGGACAUUGGAGCAGACGAGUUACACAAAAUCUCUCAGGGCAGUCGAAAGGCAAUGGGUGGCAAUCAGACACGAAGCUCUCGUUGCAUUAGAGAAACACUCGGAUUACUUUGAGCGUGAAAACAAAGCGAUCACAGUGGAUGGUGACUGGAGAGCGCUUUGGUUGUUGAAGAACGAGGAAUGGGAAGAGGAGAAUUGCGAGAUCGUUCCACAAACAUGUGCAAUUCUACGAGAAUUCCGCGAAUCAAGCAACGCGAGUCGAUCAGCUAUGAAAAUCUCUGUGCUCUCCUCUGGCACUCGCGUUCUUCCCCAUUGUGGACCAACGAAUUGCAAAUUGCAAGCCCAUUUGGGGCUAGUUGUCCCAUCAGAAGCCAGGAUUCGCGUUGGCACUGAAAGGAGAGGCUGGCGAACGGGUCGUUUUAUCGUUUUCGAUGAUUCUUUCGAGCAUGAGCUCUCUUUCGCUGGAGCCUCCUCAUCAGCUUUCAGACUAGUGCUUGUGAUCGAUCUUUGGCACCCCGAAGUCGACUGGCGACACCGAACUGAUCUCUUUGACGAAGAC